AUGGCGGAUCAGCAUCCUUCAGUAACUGAUUUGGAGUUAUUAUUGACAUUACCCUUGCAGACAGAGAAGGCCUUUCAGAAGCAGCCGACUGUGUUUCAGAACAAGAAGCGUCUCCUAGGGUCAGGCAAGAAGGCAGCCCGUCUUGUUCGAAACAUUGGUUUGGGGUUCAAGACACCUGCAGAGGCCAAGAAUGGACACUACAUCGACAAGAAGUGCCCCUUCACCGGCAACGUGCACAUCCGAGGCCGCAUCCUGUCGGGCGUGGUCACCAAGAUGAAGAUGCAGCGGACGAUUGUCAUCCGACGAGACUACCUCCACUACAUCAGAAAGUAUAAGAGGUUUGAGAAGCGACACAAGACCAUGUCUGUCCAUCUGUCACCGUGCUUCAGGGACGUGCAGCUGGGUGAUGUGGUGACGGUCGGCGAAUGCAGGCCUCUCAGCAAGACGGUCCGCUUCAACGUCCUGAAGGUCAGCAAGGCCCCUGGCUCAGAGAAGAAACAGUUUGCCAAGUUCUAGAACUUGGUCUCUAGAUGGGAAAAGUUCCUCUGGUGAUUUCUGUGGAGGUGGUGCAUUGAUGCACCCAGUUGAGAAUGCCAAGCAGAAUGAUGUGGUAGUGUGGAUUAAUAAAUGAGAAGUAUUUCAACUUACAA